CGCUGAUAAACGCUUUGAGCCCGAAUGAUGAUCGGCAGCAGCACAAUGAGACAGUAAACUACCGCUAAAGCACCCACAUCUGACGCAUAUUCUCCUGGAUCAUAUCGUGUGUAUAUAUAUGUGUGUGUGAAUGAUGGCGUGGGGCGUGUGCAGCAGAGCUCUGGUGUGGAUUAUAACGGCGUUUUUAUGCUGGAGUCACAGCAUGAUGGGUUUCUGCAGCAGCAGUACGAUGUCUGUAUCAGAGAGUCUGCUCUUUGUGUCCACACUAGAUGGAAACCUGCAUGCCGUCAGCAAGAGAUCUGGAACCAUCAAAUGGACCCUGAAAGAAGAUCCUGUUUUGCAAGUCCCGACACACGUGUCUGAGCCAGCGUUUCUCCCGGACCCUCAUGACGGAAGUCUGUACACUCUUGGAGGGAAAAACAAUGAGGGGCUGACGAAACUGCCGUUCACUAUACCUGAGCUGGUGCAAGCUUCACCUUGUCGCAGUUCUGAUGGCAUCUUAUACAUGGGUAAGAAACAGGAUGUGUGGUAUGUGGUGGAUCUGUUGACUGGAGAGAAGCAGCAAACAUUGACCUCCUCCUACGCUGAGAUGCUCUGCCCAUCAUCCUCUCUACUCUACUUCGGCCGCACAGAGUACACAAUCACCAUGUACGACACCAAGAGCCGAGAGCUGCGCUGGAAUGCCACUUACUCUGAUUACGCCUUCACCCUGCCUGACGAUGACACCAAAUACAAUAUGGCUCAUUUUGUUUCAAACAGUGAUGGUCUGGUGGUGACGGUGGACAGUGAGUCUGGUGACGUGCAGUGGGUGCAGAACUACGACUCUCCUGUGGUUGCCAUCUAUAUCUGGCAGCGCGAGGGACUGCGCAAGGUCCCGCACACUAAUGUCGCCGUGGAAACAUUGCGUUAUCUCACCUUCAUGUCAGGAGAGGUGGGCCGCAUAACACAAUGGAAGUAUCCGUUUCCCAGAGAGAAGAAAACCAAAGAUAAGCUGAUGUCCACUCUGUAUGUUGGGAAACACUCCUCUGGCCUGUACGCUUCUCCCUCACUGGUGCAUGAUGGAGUUACUGUUGUGCCUCGGGGCAGGACGUUUCCAAUGCUGGAAGGGCCCAGUAACCAGGAGUGGAGUAUGAAGGAGGAUCAGGAGUGUGUGAUCACUCCCAGCACCACAGUGAAGUUCAGUGGCGCUUUGAAGGAGAGGAACCGCAUCAACAUCAUGAGGAAUUCGCUGCUGCUCAUCGGUCACCAUGAGACGCCGCCUGAUGCUCAUAAGACAAUUCUGGAGAAGUUUCCAGAGAGCUUCCCCCGCCAGCCCAGCAACGUCAUUCCCCCCACCACAGAGAAGACAAUUGAAGAGAAGGUGAAUGAGAGUGGAAUGGAGGACAGCAGUGCACUGCCUCCACCCGUCUCCUCUCUGCAGGAGAAACCCGGCCGCCCUCCUCGUGUAGAGACUCCUGUGGACUCUAUGCUGAAGGACAUGGCCACUAUCAUCUUCUGCACCUUCCUGCUGACCGGAUGGUUGGCAUUCAUCAUCACCUACCCAAAGAGUGUUCAUAAGCAACAGCAGCUGCAGCACCAGCGGUUUCAGCAGCAGAUGGAGGAGAAACUGCAGCUCCUGCAGCAGCAGCAGCUCAUCUUUCACCCACCUGCAGACCUGCCGCCUGAUGCUGACUUCCUGGAGGUGGCCCACACACGGUCGGAAAGCUCCGCACACAGCAGCCCUAACGUCACCCCACGGGCGUCAAACCACUCCAACAUGUCCCUGUCUGAGAUGGCAAAUUCAGCCAAUGAGCACGAGGACACAGAAGAAGAGUUCAACAUUGUCCGAGUUGGAAACAUUACAUUCAACCCCAGAGAUGUUCUGGGUCAUGGUGCGGAGGGAACGAUCGUCUACAGGGGUCAGUUUGAUAACCGUUCAGUGGCUGUGAAGAGAAUUCUCCCGGAAUGCUUUAGUUUUGCGGACCGAGAGGUUCAGUUGCUGCGUGAGUCGGAUGAGCAUCCCAACGUGAUUCGUUACUUCUGUACGGAGAGAGAUCGGCAGUUUCAGUACAUCGCCAUAGAGCUCUGCAGCGCCACGCUACAGGAGUAUGUUGAACGAAAGGAUUUUAACCGCCACGGUUUGGAGCCGGUGACACUGCUAGAACAAACCAUGUCUGGAUUGGCCCAUUUACAUUCUCUUAAUAUAGUUCAUAGAGAUUUGAAACCACACAACAUCCUGGUAUCGAUGCCGAACACACAUGGGCGAGUUAAGGCGAUGAUCUCAGAUUUCGGUCUGUGUAAGAAGCUGGCAGUGGGCAAACACAGCUUCAGCCGGAGGUCAGGGGUCCCCGGCACAGAGGGCUGGAUCGCACCGGAGGUGCUCAGUGAAGACGCAAAGCACAACCCUACCUGCAUGGUAGACAUCUUCUCUGCAGGCUGUGUGUUUUACUACGUGGUAUCUGAAGGUCAUCAUCCCUUUGGAAAGUCCUUGCAGCGACAGGCAAACAUCUUACUGGGCGCAUACUCACUGGACCACCUACAGCCCGACAGACAUGAGGAUAUUGUUGCUCGAAGCCUGAUUGAGCAGAUGUUGAGUAUGGAGCCAGAGAAGAGACCCUCAGCAGACAGAGUGCUCAAACAUCCAUUCUUCUGGAGCCUGGAAAAACAGCUGCAGUUCUUCCAGGAUGUGAGUGAUAGAAUUGAGAAGGAGCCGUUAGAUGGACCAAUCGUGAGGCAGCUGGAGAGAGGGGGGUGGGUCGUGGUGAAAGGUGAUUGGAGGGAUCAUAUCACAGUGCCUCUACAGACCGAUCUACGCAAAUUUAGAUCAUACAAAGGCAGAUCGGUCAGGGAUCUUUUACGUGCCAUGAGAAAUAAGAAGCAUCAUUACAGGGAGUUGCCUGAGGAGGUGCAGGAGACUCUGGGCUCCAUUCCAGAUGACUUUGUGUUCUUCUUCACUUCCCGCUUCCCUCUUCUCCUGCAACACACACACCUGGCCAUGCGCUCAUGUGCAGUGGAGCGCCCCUUUCUGCCUUACUACCACAUCUCUGAACUGAUCGUACACAGCACACCAACACAGACUCCGUCCACACGGCACACCAGCCAGUUAGUGCCCUUAGACUUAUCACCGUCCAAUCAUAUUGCAGCACCACCUCCAAAUGCCUUGCCAAAAACACAGUCUGAAGCACCAGUUUCAGCUGAGCUCAGCACAGAGCCCAUCUAAAUUGACAUGUUCCAGGGAUGAUCCACCUCGCUGCGUGGAUGCCGUCUGGGCCUGCAGUGCCCCGGCUGUGUCACUGGAGUGGUCGACAUCCCACCUGAAGUGCCUUUUAUACUUAUUUCAGACAGCAGCGCUUGUGUUAGCGACCUGCAGGUUCUUUGUGAAGAUAAUGUGGAGGACGCUGGAGACUUUGAGUGGUCUGUCUUGUGAUCACUGAACGCUGAUGUAGUCAUUCCAUUUUUUUGUUUUAUGUUUUACAUUUUAAUAAGACUUUUGUAAAGUAUGGACACUGUAAUGCACACGUUUGGAAGGCCAGUAAUAUCUUUCUCGAACACUUGAAGUGAACACAAGAAAUUCUGCUGUGCAAUGUUGGUGGAAAAAUGUCACAACCUCACAAAAAAAAAUGUCCGGCUUAUAUUUCACCCUAAAAUCAAAAGGAAAAAAAAUUAAGCCUAUUUUAGGAAUAUGUUUGCUGUAACAUUUUCAUAAAAAUGCCCCAACAAAUUCGUAUUACCGUAAUAAAUUUUUUUAUUUUUUUUUUUUUUUUUUACAGUAAUGAGAAUUCGGAGGGGAAAUGUGAACUCUCAUGAAAAUAAUGUCACAGUGCAAAAAUAUUAAUGGUCCUAAGAAUAAGCUUGUCAUUUUAUUUGUGUGUGAAAUGUGACCUGGACAUGAUCUUGACAGGUUUUGUGAAAAAUAACCUUGGCUUUUCACCCGAGUGUACUAUUGAAUAUAUAUUUUUGUACAUAUUUUGAUCAUUGAUAAUUGAAGUGGCCAAUGUGCCUUUAAAAAUGACACUGUGCUCUGUUUCUUGGUCCUGAGGUGAGGCUCAUGUUUAGUUUUGCCCUUUGCUGCUGUUAAUAUCAGAAUCAACUGUAUCCCAUUACAUGCUCUGGAUGUACUAUAAUGACUAAAUUAAUUAUCCUUUAUAAUGCUUAUAACUUUAGUUAUGCACUUUAUAUGUUGGCUUACUUUAUUUCAACAAAACAUAGCAAACGAGAUGAAUUCAUGUCCUUGGAUGCUGAAUAGUGCUAUUUUGUUUUAGCUUUCUGGUGAUUCUCUGAAAUGGUUAUAAGGAUACAUAGAAAUAAUUACCUUCAGGAGGGAUUCUAAUGGAUAAUGAACUCAGAAACUAUGAACUGUUGUCAGAAAAUACAAGAGAGGUUUUAUAUCAAAGUGCCAUCAAGAUAAAGUCGUAGGCACAGUGCAUGCUGUAAACAGCUUUGUAACAAAACAAAAAACAUGCAGUUUUGAAUUGAAAAAUUUCAAACAGAGCUUUUUAGAAUGUUACAUGUUUUUAUAAUGUUCAGUAUAUAUUAUAAAUAGCACGUUUGGAGAAAAUUGAUGUAAAUACAAUAAUUACUUUUUUUUUUUUUUUUUUUUUUUACAUGUAGUGUUAAUAAAUAAAAGCUGCUAUUGUGCAAUGCCAACCAUAUGUACAUACACCCGACCCAGGCCCUAGUACACACUUAUGAGCCAAAAUUAUGACCACCUGCCUAAUAUGUUGUUGGUCCUCAGCAUGCCGCCAGAACAGUGCCGACCUGCCGAGGCAUGGAUUCUAGAAGACCCCUGAAGUUGUCCGUGGUAUCUGGCACCAAAUCUUUCAAGUCCUGUAAGCACCAUGGAUCGGACUUGUUGGUCCAGCACAUCCUACAGACACUCAAUUGGAUUGAGAUCUGGGGAAUCUGGAAGCAAGGGCAACACCUUGAAUUCAUUCAAACUUCAUUAUGUUCCUCAAACCAUUCCUCAACAAUGUGUGCUGUGUGGCAGUGCGCAUUAUCCUGCUAAAAGAUGCCAUUGCCAUGAAGGGGUGUACCAAGGUUAAGUAGGUGGCAAGUGUCAAAUUGAUGUCCACAUGAAUGGCUGGACCCAGGGUUUCCCAGCAGAACACUGACCAGAGCAUCACACUUCCUCCACCGGCUUCCCACAGUGCAUCAUGGUGCUAUCACUUCUCCAGGUAAACGGCACAUAUGUACAGUAUGUACAUGGCUGUCCAUGUGAUGUAAAAGAAAACGGGACUCAUCGGAACAGGUGACCUUCUCCCACUGCUCCAAGUUCCAGCACUCGCGUGCCCAUUGUCACUUUUGACGGUGGACAGGGGUCAUCAUGGGCACUCUGACCGGUCAGCGGCUACGCAGCAGAGUGUGAUGCACUGUGUGUUGUGACACAUUCCUCCCGUAACCAUCAUUAAUUUUGUCACUUGUUCUUCUGUCGGUUCGGAUCAGACGGGAUAGCCUUCAUUGCCCUCAUGCGUCGAUGAGGCUUGGGUGCCCAACACUCUUUCGCCGGUUUGUCCCUCCUCAGACCACUGUUGGUGCAUACUCACCACAAGCCUUGCCGUUUCAGAGAUGCUCUGACCCAGUCAUCUGGCCAUAACAAUUUGGCCCUUGUCAAAGUCACUUAGGUCUUUACUCCUUCCCAUUUCUCCUGCAUUCAACACGUUGACUACGAGAACUUGUUCACUUGCCAUCUAAUCUACCCAGACCUUGACAUGUGGCCUUGUUAUGAGAUGAUCAACAUUAUUCACUUCAUCUGCGAGCAUCAUUCCAGCCUGAAGUACAUAAAAACAGAAUAGGGUCUUUUUUUUUUGCAUCUCUCUCUCCUCCGGCGGUCUGGAUUGCCUUUUUAUCCCUCUCCAGCUCUCAUUGCAACACAACAGCUGUUAGACAUAAUUUUCCACAGGUGUCCAUCCUUACCACUCUUCCUCUCCUGGCCUCGCUCUACAGACGUCACUUGGCCACGCCCCCAUCACCACAGGGGCAUUUGAAAUUUUGAAGGGGGCACAGAUUGGUCACUUUACCCCAAGAUGUAACACUGCUGAAAAUGAAGUUUUUUCCCCCCACUAAUACCUUCGUUGUCAUCUGAAAGGCAGCAUGAGUCAUGUCUUUGAUGGAUAUGCAGAUGCAUAAGCUCACCGGAAACAUCACCCAGCAUUUGAAAUAAAAUCUAUUAAAAAGAAAAUGCUUUGACAGUUACAAUUUCUUGUAUGCUCAUUUUCUAUCAUUUACCAAAAUUACUGAGAGAACUAAAACAUUCCAUCGAAAUAAACUGGAUUUAGGCUUGCAAACCACAUGAACCUAAACACCUCCUAAAGUAGAGAACAUGAUGCAGUAUAUGUUCACAUCCUGGUAACUGUUGUGAAGCAGAGGCUGCAGCCAGAAGAAGCUUCUUUAUCCCUUGCCUGUGUACAUGUGUCUGAAAUUGUGGCAUGUCAGCAUUUUAAAAUAUGCCAAAAAUUAUACAAAAUAAAAAGUGAAAUCUAAAAUCUUUGUCUAAUAAAUGUCUAAUCACAUGAUCCUCUGGAGUGCACACUCCCAAAAAUUGCCUAUAUUUAUGAUUUACGCAUUUCGAUUUCAUAACAAAAUGUCAUGAAAUUUAACUGCGUGAUCUUUAAAUUAAUAAAACCUCAAUGUUUACAU